CCUAAUCCCUGCACCGGACGGCUGAGACCGCCCCGCUCGCGGCGCCACCCGGCAUCUGACGGCCAAGGAGCGUCCAACUCGGCGCGAGACAUCCUUUAUAGAACCACCUCUCCGCGUCCAAGCGCCCACUCGCCGCCUCCCCCCCUCCCCCCCGCGUCGCCGUCGUCUCCCGUUCGGAACGCCAAGCUCCACUCCGGCGAAAUGGCCCCGAAGCGAGGUGGCAAGGCGCCGGUGCCGGCCAAGAAGAAAACAGAGAAGAUUACCAACCCGCUCUUUGAGAAGAGGCCGAAGCAGUUCGGUAUCGGCGGUGCGCUUCCGCCCAAGAAGGACCUGCACCGGUUCGUCAAGUGGCCCAAGGUCGUGCGCAUCCAGCGCCAGCGCCGUAUCCUCAAGCAGCGCCUCAAGGUGCCGCCGGCGCUCAACCAGUUUACCCGUACCCUCGACAAGAACCUCGCUACCAACUUGUUUAAGAUGCUUCUGAAGUACCGCCCUGAGGACAAGGCUGCCAAGAAGGAGAGACUUUUGAAGAGGGCUCAGGCUGAGAAUGAAGGGAAAACCGUUGAGGCUAAGAAACCAAUUGUCGUGAAGUAUGGCCUUAACCAUGUGACCUACCUCAUUGAGCAGAACAAGGCCCAGCUUGUUGUCAUCGCCCAUGAUGUGGAUCCGAUUGAGCUUGUUGUGUGGCUUCCAGCCCUGUGCAGGAAGAUGGAGGUCCCUUACUGCAUUGUUAAAGGAAAGGCUCGCCUUGGAUCGAUUGUUCACAAGAAGACCGCAUCCGUGCUGUGCCUUACCACUGUCAAGAACGAGGACAAGCUUGAGUUCAGCAAGAUCUUGGAGGCUAUUAAGGCAAACUUCAACGACAAGUUUGACGAGGUCAGGAAGAAGUGGGGAGGUGGCAUCAUGGGCUCCAAGUCGCAGGCCAAGACCAAGGCCAGGGAAAAGCUGCUCGCCAAGGAGGCCGCCCAGCGGAUGACCUAGAUUAUCUUAUUCUGAGUCCCGUCUGUAGUUCCUGUGCCGACCCGGAAAAGCUGAUGAGCAUUGUGCACUCGUAUUGUGGUUUCUGAAUCUAGUUUCACAUGUUUUCAUUCGCCAGACCAUGUCUAGAAACUUUGCAAGACAAGAGUUUACAGUGUUUAUGAGAUGUUUUGAGCCUCGAAGUCUCGUAUCA